AUGAGUCAGAUACCAGGAAAGGAGUUAAAUGGAACAUCUGCCCAAAGUCAAGAUCUGGCUCCUUGUACAACCUGUGGAAGACAUUUUGCACGAGAUGUUCUGCUGAGACACGACCCAAUAUGCAAGAAAGUCUUCAACAAGAAGCGCAAGCCCUUCAGCUCUUUGAAACAGAGACUGCAGGGAACAGAAAUCACCGUGAAGAAACAGCCCCCACAAAAGAAACAGCCAGGGAAGAAAUCUAACUGGAGGCAGCACCAUGAAGAUUUCAUUAAUACUAUUCAAUCAGCCAAGCAGGUCACAAAAGCUCUGAAGGAGGGCCACCCUCUUCCACCUCCUCCCCCACCAAGCAUCAAUCCAGACUAUAUUCAGUGUCCACACUGCUCACGGAGAUUUAAUGAGGCUGCAGCACAGAGGCACAUGAAGUUUUGUGAAGAACAAGCUGCUCGCCGUGCCUUUGCUGCAAAGACCACCGGGCAGGCUUUGGGCAAGCAACCAGUGACUCCGAGAAAACCCCCAACCUUAACAACUGCUGUGUCACCGCUUCAGAAGAGAGUACGAGAAGGUGCUAAUACAGACAAACCUAAGCCAGAGACCUCUCCAGGAAUACUGCAGAAAACCAGAAAAUCUUUGGGUCUAUCUACUGGAAAAAAAUCUUCAGGAGAGUUUGGGUCUUGUGCUCUCACUAUGCGCACCCAUUGUCCGAGUGAGGAAGAUGCCAGCAUUUGUUUCAGUAGUCACUGUCAGGAUGACAGCACGGAGGUUCAUCCUUCUCCUCAGUGUUUUACUUUCCCAGACCAAGAAGUUCGGUUCUUCUGCUCUUCAGACCACGCAGUCGGUGCUGUUCCCAUCUCGGGCCAUGCAGAGCCAUGUCAGAGCAGCAAGGCGGCCCUCCAGCCCCUGCCUAAGGUGGUUGUGGUGCUGUUGUGCAAGGGGAUGGCUCAGACGAUCGCCAUCUUGCACCCCUGUGAGAUGCGUACGACUGCACAAUACGAGAUCCUGGCAGGGAAUAUGGCCAAGACAGAUUCCCUGUAG